AUAACCUGCUUUCUGGAAUACCGCUCAGGUGUAAAGUAAUCCUGUUUACUGUCAUCAGAUUGCAAAGACUGAAACUUUUCUGACGCUGCUUUCAGGAAGUCACCACAUGUAUAAGAGGUAAAAAUGAAACUGAGCUCAUAUUUCUGUGUCUGCUCUAUCAGUGUGCAGAUAUGGAAACGAUUCAGCCAAUUCUUAAGUUUGCCAGCAAACAAACCAACUUUGGAUUUGGAUUGGUUGCUCUGCUAACGGCUGGUGGAGAGCAGAUCUUCUCAAUGGUAGCCUUCAAAUGUCCCUGCAAUGAGCUGAAUUUUACCUACGGCUUAGUCUUCCUGUUGGUGCCAGCCCUGGCAUUGCUGCUGCUUGGCGUCAUUCUCAGUAAGAAGACUUGGAAACUGACAACAGGGUUUUGCCAUCGCAACCCAAAGCUAUGUAAGUGGAGGAAUCUGAAGAGCAUGGGAGUGACUGUCAUCAAAAUCAGUGCUUGUUCACUGGUGGCGCCGUCUACUUGGAUUGCUGUGGCUCUGUUGCGUGGCAGCUAUUAUGAGUGUGCCAUGACGGGGGCCAACUCCACCAGGUACAGAAAGAAUGUGUGCAGGGGGGUGAACUCUGCAGCCGAAUGCCUUACAAAGCUUCAAAUGUUUCCUUGUAAAAGUGCUGGAAAUGAAAGCGAGGAAGUUCUGCUAACCCUCAGAGCUCAUUCUCAGAUUCUGGGCUGGCUGGUCAUCGCCUCCAUCAUGAUGUCCGGCCUGUUGGUGAUUUGUGUGACUCGCUGCUUCUCCCCCAUCAGCUACCUGCAUCUAAAGUUUUGGAACGAUUAUGUUGAGGAGGAGGAUAACCUCAUGGAUGAAUACUCAAGUAAACAUGCCAAAGAGCUUGCAGAAAGGAACCUGAAGAUCUUCUUUAAGAUCCAAGACCCCGCCGAGACCCCGACCCCGCCCUCGACGAGACGCCCGCCGGCAAACAUUGUCACCCCCAGCACAGAGGAUUGGAAGAAGAUUACCUUGCUCAAUAAGUCCAGCCCCAAAGAACAGAUCUACAGCACUCUGCAUCGAUAUGUGGAAAAAACGCGGGAGGAGAAAGGGUCCGAUAAGACGCCUUUAUUGAGGUCAAAUGAGUCUGCUGAAAAACCUCCAGGUGUGGAUGGAGGAACAGUGUCUACAUGAGGAUGAACCGGCUGAACCCAAGGACGUGACUUCAGGUAAGUUGCUUUAGAGACAGCAAACGAGCUGAGAACCCCGUUCUCUCCUUUGUAUUAGUGUAGUUUUUAUUUUUGAUUGUUUCUAACUGGACUUUCUUUAUGUUCUGUUGUUCCUAUUUUUAUAUUAAUGCAAAAUGUCAACAAUCACAGUUCCUCUUUAGAAGACAAAGACUGGCUGAAUUGUGCUACUGUGAAUGUCACAAGGGACAUUUGAUCCUGCACUUUGAAGUGCCCCCUGCUAAGAAGACAUGUCAUCAUUGACUCUUGGUGUCCCAACAUACAUCAGAAUCAGAAUCAGAAAUACUUUAUUGAUCCCACACGUGGGAAAUUUGUUCGUUACAAUAAC